AGUUGUAAUCAACUGGUAGCGUUGAAACAGUUGGACAUUCAAAUUGAGAUUAAGUUCUGAAUAAAAGUUUCAGAAAGUAGUAACGAACGAGACGGAUUUCGUUGUAGAGUUAUAAAUGCAAACAUCACAUCACACGAAGCAGAAUUUGGAGGCUUAUCAAAUCCAUCAUUUGAUUUGAAGCAAACAUUAUCGGUUAUUCGGUUAAUAAAUUGAUAAUUUAUUUUCUGUUUUGCAAGUUUUCAAAAUGCCUAUUUUAACUAUUCAAACUAACGUCCCAAAGUCUGAAAUACCUGAAGAUUUUUUGAAAGUUACUGCUUCCCUAGUUGCUGAAAUUCUUAGGAAACCACUUUCGUAUGUACUUGUUCAGAUAAAUCCAGAUCAACUUUUGUCAUGGGGUGGAGGAACUGGCCGUUGUGGCCAUGCAGAACUUAACAGCAUUGGUAAUUUAGGAAAAGAGGAAAAUAUUGCUCUCUCCAAACAGCUCUUUAGCCAUUUUGAAAAAACACUGAAAAUACCUUCAGAUAAGAUGUACAUUAAGUUUGAGGAUCUGAAGAAAGAGAAUGUUGGUUAUGCUGGAACUACAUUUGCUGGAAUGUAAAUUUGACGACUUAUGACUUAGACUGGAUCUUCAUUUGUUGAAAUAUGAAAUUGAUGAAUAUUGUUUUGUUAA